CAUCAACUGUUACGAACACAGGUUUACAAUAUAGUUUAAACUGUCAGUGAGUUUAAAAUUGUGUUUAAAUAAAUCAAGUAAUAAGUUUUGUGGUUUCGUUUUCUGUGUAAAAGAAGUGUUGGUUUUGACAAUAUGAAGACAAUCGCAGUUACUGUGCUCCUAGUAGCGUUCACUUAUGCUGAGCCGCCUCCAUCCAACAGCUACCUACCACCUCCAUCUUCAAGCCGUGGUGCUGGUUACCCUCAAGGACCAGCCAGCCAGAACUUUGGACCUCAGAUUAUAGCGGCUCGCAACUUGGACGGAGCUCAAGGUCGCGCUGGUCUUGGACCUCACGCCCAUAGUGGACAUGGAGCUCAAGCUAAUGGUUUUGGAAGGUCUGCCCAGGACCAUGGAGCUACUGCCCACGCUCGCCACGGAGCCGAAGAACCAGCUGGCUACCCCAACAGUGCUGCCAGAAAUGCUCUAGAGGAGAUUAAUUCUGAGCCAGCAAACUACAACUUUGGUUACAUGGUGAAUGAUUACCAGGAGGGUACGGACUUCGGUCACCACGAGGAGAGGCAGGACGAGCGCGCCCAGGGAGAGUACCACGUCGUGCUGCCUGAUGGAAGGAAACAGACCGUAAGCUACGAAGCUGACGAACGUGGCUUCAAGCCCCAGAUCUCCUAUGAAGAUUCUGAAGACUUAGGUCGCUCAGGAGGUUACGACAACAACGCAAACAAUGCCCGUAGCAACCAAGCCAACGGUUACAGCAACCACGGUAACCAUGGCAACGACAACGGUUACCACGGCAACGGAAAUGCCCGCGCUAACGGUUACUGACUCAAAUAUGGCCGCCUUCUAAACGUCGUUCUAAUUUUGAAUUUGUAUUUUUUCUUUUAAUUUUUUGAUAAAUCCUUACUAAUAUUAUAAAUGGAAAAGUGAG